AUGCGAGCAAGCUCAGCAAAGCAACGAUUUCCCGUUCCUCAAUGGAAAGCAGAUCUAGAAAUCAUACAUGAUACAGCGAUCAAAAUGAGCCAAAAACAUCCACAAAAGCAGAAAGAAUCGACGCCUGCAGCUACCAGACAAGCAACCCCAGUCAGCAGUUUCACUAAUCUCGCCGCCCUUUGGCAAUCCAGACAAGAUAAUAACGCAACCCCGGCUUCAGGUAUGAGCGAGCAGGGAACGCGCACGCCAAGCCCCUCAGGGGCUGAGAUGACUCGGGCACUCUCGCUGGGAAGUCGUCUUGGUCCUGGGCACGAAGCGGAUCAUCAAUCUCGUGGCCGAAAGAAACUCAGCAAGCAACGCCCAGCGUCGAGAGACAGCUCUUUGCCAGCACAAGCGAUGAGAAGAGCAUUCUUCCUCAGAAGUGGCCGAUCAAGCCGAGCUAGUAGUGUUGAUCGAAGCACAUCCAACGACCUCCAGCCUCCACCGUCGCUGCCUACAUUGGUGGCUCCAAGUAACGCUCCUGGGAAUCGAGUAUCUCGGAUCAGUGAAAACAUUGCAGAGGAUCACGCAGAACAUGAAGUCACAGGACAAGACAAUCCGAGCCAGCUCGACUUUUCCCAACAACAUGUAUCAACAGAGAACGGAGCUGAGAGGGAUGACCAUGAUGAUAGCGAUAGGGAGAGCACUGCCGAAGAUAGCCCAACCGAUGAGUACAUCCUUACAUCCGACCAGGUCGCAAACGAACGGGACAAAUUCAGGGUUGCCUCUCUACGGAGGCGCCUCGAAGAGAAUGCAGGUGAAGGUCCGUCUUCUGUAGGACGUGGAGGCACUACUCCUUCGCCACCUGGCACCCCUCCAGGAGAGAAUAGACCAAUGAUUACUGGCAUCAAUGAAUCACAGGUAAUGACAGAUGCUGGCUCUGCACCGAAAGAGCCGUAUCUAUCUCUGGGGACAGUAUUACAAGGCAAAAAGGACUUUAAGCUUCAGAAUGUUCAGCCUAUUUUUGAUGAUCCUACGGGGCUCUAUGCUGAAGUGUUUGAACACAAACUACGCAAGCUCAACGGCAAGAAUUCCGAAAAUACGCUCUGUAUUGAGGAGUACCUAAGAGAAAGCGAGAAGGAUUGGUUCAAUCGGUACCGAAGCGUGAGGUUGGGUAGAUCGCCAGCUUCAAGUCGAGCAUCUUCCAUCUUCAGGGUUGAAUUAGACAGGCCAGACCAACGGAAUGUCAGCAAUGCAGGUUCGGGCGAAACUCGUUCGGACAAUGAUUCCGAUCAAUUCUUUUUGCAAGAGAACUACACGCCUCCAAAAGGUAUUAGAAAGUACGCUCUUCGAAGGAUAGGAACCUGGCCUCUCUACACUUUCUUCCUUGCCUUUGGACAAAUCAUUUCUGCCAACUCCUACCAAAUCGUGCUCUUGACCGGCGAAGUUGGCCAAUCCGCCGAGAAACUUUAUAUCGUCGCGACCAUCUACCUCGUCUUCUCCAUAAUCUGGUGGCUCGUCUUUCGUAAGUUUCAAUCGAAAUGGGUCCUCUCCCUUCCUUUCCUCUUCUACGGCCUUGCCUUCUUCAUACUCGGUCUCUCCCCUUACGCAAAGUCUCAAGUCUCUCGCGGCUGGGUUCAAAAUAUUGCCACAGGCUUCUACGCUGCUGCUUCUUCCUCAGGCGCCUUCUUCUUCUCGCUGAAUUUCGGGGCCGAAGGCAGCGUUCCUGUCUCUACCUGGUCCUUCCGCGCCGCCAUAAUCCAAGGAAUCCAACAACUCUACGUCGUGCUCCUUUGGUACUGGGGUUCCCAACUGACGCGCCUCACAAUCUCCGGCGUACGGACUCGCAAUCUCAUAACCUAUGGCCCAGGAAUGACCGCCAUCACGACGCCCAUCGCGCUUGUUAUGUUCCUCAUCGGCACUCUCCUCUACAUCGGCUUGCCAGACUACUACCGCCAAUCUCCCGGGCACAUACCCUCGUUCUACCGUUCCCUCACCCGCCGCAGGAUCGUCAUGUGGUUCCUCAUCGCUGUCAUCCUGCAGAACUACUGGCUUUCGGCCCCUUACGGGCGUAAUUGGACAUACCUCUGGAAUUCACAGCACGCUCCGGGCUGGGCGAUCGGAUGUCUGAUCCUCCUCUUCUUCGUUGGCGUCUGGGCCGCCUUCCUCGCCGUCUUCGCCUACCUUAGCAAAACCCAUACGUGGAUCGUACCUAUCUUUGCCGUUGGUCUUGGCGCGCCAAGGUGGUGUCAGAUGCUUUGGGGCACGUCCAAUAUGGGAUUGUACAUUCCCUGGGCGGGUUCACCUAUAGCGCAGGCUAUGGUCGGACGGAGUCUUUGGUUGUGGCUGGGGACGCUAGACACUAUUCAGGGUGUUGGCAUUGGCAUGAUCUUGCUGCAGACGCUGACAAGAUUCCACGUCACGUUUGCUUUGGUGUCGGCGCAGGUCUUGGGGAGUGUAGCAACGAUUGUGGCAAGGGCAAGUGCGCCGGAUGCGAAUGGGCCAGGAAGGGUGUUCCCCAAUUUGGCACUCACGUUGGCGGGGUUGAAAUAUAAUGAGUUCUGGAUCGGAUGUGUUUGUCAGCUUGUUAUCUGUGUGGGAUUUCUGUGGUGGUUUAGAGGCGAACAGUUGAUGAAACCAUAA